AUGCGCCACAACCAACAAUUAUCAUUAAAAACGGUUUUGAUAUUUGCAGAUCAGGCCAUUUGCCUAAUACAAUACAUGCAUGAACGCCAUUUCAUACAUAGAGAUAUCAAGCCAGAGAACUUCUUAAUUGGAACCGGGAAAAAAUCAAAUUUAAUUUAUUUGAUCGAUUUCGGACUUUCAAAGAAAUAUAGGGAUCCGAAGACUAAAGAACAUAUCCCAUACAGAGGCGAUAAAGAACUUGUCGGAACUUCUAGAUACGUUUCAAUAAACACUCAUCUCGGAAUUGAGCAAAGUAGAAGGGAUGACCUCGAAAGUUUAGGUUAUGUCCUUGUUUAUUUGCUCAAGGGACAACUUCCAUGGCAAGGAAUUCAGUCAGAGAACUUAAAACAAAAAUAUGAGAAAAUCGGAGAAAAGAAAAUGACUACUUCCUUUGAUAUGCUAUGUCAAGACUUACCUGAAGAGUUCAUAAAAUACUUUGAAAUAGUCAGAGCUCUUGAUUUCGCCCAAGAACCCCCUUAUUCACAACUUAGACAAAUAUUUAGAGAAUGUUUUCUGAAACAUGACUUUGUUUAUGACUACAAAUACGAUUGGUCGAAUGGAAAUGACAAGGAAACAUGCAAAAACUAUGAUCCAGUUCCAAUGCAUGCUCCUAUCUUCAAAGAUCAUGAAGCUGGUUUGGAGAUUUUACCCAAAAAUGAGAGAAAUCACCCGAAUUUCAGGUACGCGACUCCAAACAUAGAGAACAACAGGAUACAACAGAUAACUGAACAGUUGACAACAGUAAAAGCGAGGACAGCAAUCACAAACAAAAGAGUUUGGGUUGAUCCUGGAAAAAGACAAACAUUUCCAAGAGGUCCUCCACCAAUUCCUGCAAAAAUGCUUCCUCCGCCAAAGAAGAAAGGAAGACUAAGCAGGACUACGCAGCUGGCACAAAAAACAUUCUCUCUUCUGGUUUCUCCAACUUCUUCUUUGAGACAACAGUCGCAGUCACAAAACAAAUUUGAUGUCGCUUCAACAACUCCUUCCUUGGCAAGUGAUAAUAUCCCAAUACAUCCUAACACUGCUCCUGAACCAGUGAAAACAAUGAGCUUAGACGCACCAUACAAACCUGAAGAAAUUCCUGAAGAUGAUGAAAAUUAA